AUGGUGGACGUGGGGUGUGGGAGUGGGCAGUCCACCGAGGUGUUCGCCCCAUAUUUCGAUCAAGUAACCGGCGUGGAUCCGAGUGAGAAGCAGAUAGAGUUGGCACGAAGUGGGAAUAAGUUUGCGAACGUUGAGUAUAAAGUUGGGGAUGGGGAGGAGUUGGCUGUGGAGGAUGGUAGUGUCGAUAUGGUGGCGUGUGGACAGUCGGCGCAUUGGUUGGAUCACGGUAGGUUCUUCAUGGAAUGCAAAAGAGUUUUGAAGCCAAAUGGAUGCUUGGUGCUGCAUGGAUAUGAUCGGCCCGUUAUUAGGGGGUUCCAGCCAAAAGUUGAGGGUUUGGGUGAAGUUUUGGAAAAAUCCGAUGAAAUUUUCAAACAGUUUUACGAGAAAUGUUUAUUCCAUCCACGACGCCACCAUGUGGACAAUCAUUAUCGGGACAUAGAGAUCUUAUAUGAAAGUCAGAGAAAAGUUCGUGACGAGUCAGCAAAAAUUGAGUUUAACGGAAAAUUUUCAGAUUUCGUUUCCUAUUUGUCGACUUGGUCGGGUUACCGAAGUUUUAUGGAAAAAAUAUCAAAAGAUUUCGAAAAGUCGUCGAUAAUUGAUAAAAAUUCACCAGAAUUACAAAAAGAUAUUUUGUACCAGUUGUGUAAAGAUUUGAAACAAAUUUGGGCGUGCGACAAACUUAAUGAUGAUGAAAUAAUGGUCGACGUUGCAUGGGACGUGUUCAUUAUUAUGUCAGAAGUACCUCAUCUAAAAACAACUUAA